AUGUCACGUAGAAGACGGACUCUCUAUACAAGUGUAUGUUUAGGGGAUCAUCCUGACUAUAUUUACAAGUUUUUGACAUGUACUCGGGAUUUGAUCGUUAUUAAUUCAUGUAUUCACAAUUCGGUUACAGGUCAUGCGUUUGGUGGUGGAGCUUUUCUGGCCAUGUCCCAUGACUACCGGGUGAUGAGGUCAGAUAGAGGCUGGAUUUCAUGGAACGAGACUCAUCUGAAGCUACGUUUAGGUGAUAUGUUUUUAAACCUCCUCAGUAAAAAGGUAUUGGCUAUGGAAUCUAUACGGGAGGCUGUGCUAUUCGGUAAACGUGCUACCGCUAAUGAGGCCAAAGAACUCUUUCUUGUUGAUGCAAUGACCGAGUUAUCGGAAUUGAUACCAAAAGCUAAACAGAUGGCACUAGAGGCGCUUGGACCUAAUGGGAUCGACAGGGAGAUGUUACAACGAAUGAAGCAGGAUUUAUACGUUAGACCAUCUGGGGAGAAGUCCUUCCUACCAGAAACAAAUCUUAAAGGAUCCAAAUUGUGAUAAGUGUGCUGUUUUAAUGUGCAGCUUACCUGUAAAGACUUGCCAGUUAGGAGAACAUUGAACAUAUCACUAAGGAAUAACAAUUACCCUAAGUCUAGAUGAUGCACAUUAAACGCUGUGAUAUAUCACUUGUGAUUUAUUAUACAGACUCUGUGAUACUUCAUAAUUUUAAUGCAAUAUAUUCCAUAAUCAGGUCUAUCAUUUCGUGGCAUGAAUGUUUCAGCCCAUAUGAUAGGGCACCUUUAAAUGAGAUAAAGAAUGUGAUAUAGAAUAUUACAUUCCGUAGCUCACACACAGAACAGUAUUAAUCAGUAGGCCGUCGUUCAUCUGUUCCUGACGUCGUUAAUCUGUACCCGAUGUUGUUAAUCUGUACCUGACGUCGUUAAUCUGUACCCGAUGUCGUUAAUCUGUACCUGACGUCGUUAAUCUGUACCUGAUGUCGUUGAUCUGUACCCGAUGUCGUUAAUCUGUACCUGACGUCGUUAAUCUGUACCUGACGUCGUUAAUUUGUACCUGACGUUGUUAAUCUGUACCCGAUGUCGUUAAUCUGUACCUGACGUCGUUAAUCUGUACCUGACGUCGUUAAUCUGUACCCGAUGUCGUUAAAAUGUACUCGAUGUCGUUAAUCUGUACCCGACGUCGUUAAUCUGUACCCAACGUCGUUUUUGCCACACUUUUGUCAUUAUUAUUAAGAACAUUUGUCGAUGUGUAAUGAAUAACCCAAGUACAUUGUACAUCUUUAUCUGUCGGUAGAAUUGGUUUAUUACCUGGAGCCACAUAUCUACUCGUGGUUACAUUAAUUUGUGGGUUUAUUCGUUCUUAUGCAAUCACUACUAGCUACAGCCUCAAAACAAGACGUGUGCAUGAUAGAAAGUAAGCUUUCUCAGUAACCAGCUGUUAUUAUCAGGUGGUAUCAAUACCACUUCAAAAGGAUGAGAGUUUCUGUCGACUUUCAUGGUUUGAUAACAUAUAAAAACAUAUACAGUGAUCAAUCCUCGGUGCUUAUUGUGAAUCGGAUAAGUCUCUGCGGUCCUGGAAUAACGCCUUGAACAGUCUCGGAUAUUUAAACAGCAAUGUAUGCAUGUAUAUCACACAUUCCACGUAUCACAUCGAUUAUAUCUAUUAGAUUGAUGAUUGCUUUAGGAGGCAUAUUUUAUUAUUGUACUUACUCUGAAUCUGAUUUAUACAAUUUGUUUUGAGAUGGAAGAUUUAUAUUUGUAUUUAUUGUUGGUGUAACAAGAAAUCAAUGUAGGGAGAAUGAGUUAUUGUCGGUGAUUUGUUUACUACAAUUAAUUGUGUUGUGUACAUUUAUUGUCCGCGUUGAUAAAAUAUUUAUUAAAAUUAUUUCGUUAAAGACAAUGUUAACGCCUUCUUCUGAAUAAUCAAAAUGGCCUGGGUGGUGAUAUUUGGCCAGUAGUAUGAUGGUAUGAAGGGUUACCAAGUGUAUUCAAAUUAAUAACCUUCAAUCAUAUUCAAGAUCGCACGCGUCGUUUGUCUUAAAUUAUAAGGAUAAUGAUAUUUGCCCAUUAAUAUGCUAGGAUAAAAUGGCUCCCAAGUAUGUCCAGAUGAAUCAUUUUCACCCGUAUUCAAGGUCACAGGGGUCAAGUAUGAUGAAGUCUUUAAACGACUUCUUCUGAAUAACCAGAAGGCCCAGGGUGAUCUGGCAAGUAACAUGCUGGAAUGAGUGAAUGACCAUCGAUAUACAAAAUCACAGGAGUCGAAUGUUUUGAAACUUUCAAACAACUUCUGAAUUUUUCCAGUAGCAUGCUCAGACGAAGAGCUAUCAACUGUGUUCCUGUGAAUGACCUUGUCUCACUUUUAAGGUGACAUAUGGUAAAAUGUGUAUGUAUACAUCUUUAAAUGACCUUACCUCAAUAAACAAGGUCUAGUUAAAUUUUGAGACCGUGCUCAUGAGGCGAAUAGAAACAAAACAGAGGACAAAAUGAAAUACACUAAGGAUGGACUUAUGAACACGAUUGAGUUUCACAUUGGUAUUAUAUUGGAAAGUUCGUUUGCAAGAUUUUCCAUCAGACUAAAGGCAUUCCUUUGGUAACAAGCUGUGCCCAUCCUCUGGCCUCUUGUGCUUGUUUUCAUAUAAGGUGGACUUUUUUGAAAAUGUCAAUAGAUCUGGCAGCAAAAUCCUUGCCAAGUCCUUGAAUUUCAUCUUUUAGAUAUAUAGAUGAUGUGCUGUCUUGAAAUAAUCACAAUUUUGGAUGACCACAUCGCAGAUUAUAUAUUGCAAUAAUUAUAAUGUACAACAUUUAUAUAGCGCCCCAUAUA